AUGGUGUUUAAUGUUUGCAUACUUCAACAUCGAACCUGUCAUCCUUACAAAGCUGCUUCUAGAAACCGGGCUCCUGUCCGUCCAUGGGAAGGAGUACAUAAUGGGACCAAGUUCGGUGCCACCUGCCAUCCGCACACACGUCAUGGCAUCCUACCACCGGAUCCCAGUGAAGAUUGCCUUACACUGAAUGUGAUUCGACCAAAGAAAGCGGCCCCUUCUGGCGGCUACCCGAUCCUACUCUGGGUUCAUGGCGGUGGCUACGAGAUUGGGUCGGCCAGUCUGUAUGGAUACAAAGGAUUUGCGGACAUCUACAUACCACAUGACAUCAUCGUCAUUACUAUACAGUAUCGUUUGGGGAUCUACGGUUUUUUCUCCUCGGGAGAUUCGCGUAUUCCUGGAAAUCUGGGGUUGUUCGACAUGGCAGCGGCUGUCAAGUUUGUCCAUGAGAAUGCCGAGAAUAUCGGCGGUGACGCAUCCCGAAUCACCGCCUGGGGACUGAGUGCUGGUGGUGCAGCCGUCGGUCAGCUCAUACUCAGCCCACUUACAAGAGAUUACAUUACGAGGUCCAUCGAAAUGUCGGGGUCUCCGUGGGCUGCUUGGGCGCUUGGACCAAACGUACCUAAAUACUCCUUGGAACUUGCUGAGGCACUCGAUUGUGGUGACGACCUAAAAAACUGUAUGAAGCAGAAGACCGUCGAGGAAAUCUAUGAUGCUGUCGAGAAAGUGGGCUCUGCAAGUCCUGGUCUCGACUGCGUCAAAUGGGGGACCAGUGAUGGAUGGAGAGUUCCUGCAGGACCCGGAUGA